GCAUAGGUUAGCUUAGCAUAGUUUAGCUUAGCUGUUACAUUGGUUGUGUGUUAGUGUUACAGUCUUUUAGUUUGCGGAUUUAUUUUCUUGGUUUCAGUCACCGACAAAAAUAGGCGAUAUUUAUAACGGACCGGCGCUGUGUUAUGUCGAUUCUGAUAGAAUAAGUUGGCAUUUGUUGGGAUAAAAACAUUAGCCAGUUAGCUCGGCCAGCUUUGUUUUACAGUACAAGCUAUGAACACACACACAUACAGUCACGUUUAUUUUAUAAUUUAAUAUAGGAAAGUUUUGUCAUGUCUAGAUAUGGAUGAUAUAAUGAGGCUCUAUUGGCUGGCUUAUAAUAAAGGGUAAAGCUGGAGGCGAGAGUCGGGCGCGGCGUCUUCACAACCCAUUCCUGAUUUCCAGCUUCACCUCACCGUGACAGGAAAUCCCGCCAUCCUGUCUCCACCAGCGUGGCGCAGAGUGAUGACAUCACAGCGGCGCAGACAUGCCACCCACACCCCACAGAUCUCAUCCUGGAAGAAUUCGAGCCCGCGCUCAGGCCCCUCGACCCCUCGCGCGGGGGGGCGCUCGGGGCACGCCUGGCCGGAGGAGGCGGUGGACAACGCGUACGGACUGUAUCCGCUGCACCGCAUGUUCGACAUCGUGGGCGCGCACCUCACGCACCACGACGUGCGCGUCCUGUCCUUCCUGUUCGUGGACAUCAUCGACGAGUACGAGAGGGGCGGCAUACGCAACGGGCGCGACUUCUUCCUGGCGCUGGAGAGACAGGGGCGCUGCAGCGAGACCAACUUCCGCUACAUCCUGCAGCUGCUGCGCAUCAUCACCCGCCACGACCUGCUGCCUUACGUCACGCUGCGAAAACGACAGACAGUGUGUCCGGACCCGGUGGAUCAGUAUUUAGAGGAGACGUCGGUGCGCUACAUCAUCCCCAGAGGAAGCAGGACGGACACCCUGCCCCUCACCCCCCACAGACGCCCAGGACCAGCAGGACCCCAGCCGGUCAUCUGCUGUCCCACGCCCGAGCCUCAGGUGUGUCCGCCCCGCCCCAAACCGGCCCCGCCCACUCCGAACAGGAAGAGGAAGAGAGCCCACAGUACAGCGGAUUGUCGAGAGAAGCAGACGUGUGACAUCCGGCUGCGGGUGCGAGCGGAGUACUGCCAGCACGACUCGGCCCUGCAGGGAAACGUCUUCUCCAACCGGCAGGAGGUGCUGGAGCGCCAGUUCGAGCGCUUCAACCAGGCCAACACCAUCCUGAAGUCGCGCGACCUCGGCUCCAUCAUCUGCGACAUCAAGUUCUCCGAGCUGACCUACCUGGACGCCUUCUGGCGCGACUACAUCAACGGCUCCCUGCUGGAGGCGCUGAAGGGCGUCUUCAUCACCGACUCGCUCAAGCAGGCCGUGGGACACGAGGCCAUCAAGCUGCUGGUCAACGUGGACGAGGAGGACUAUCAGGCCGGACGCAGGAAGCUCCUCACCAACCUGAUGAACAGCGGCGGCGGCACGACGGGAGGGGCGGGGUCCGGGGCGGGGUCGGCGAGCCAGGUGGCAGGGACAGGUGUAAUACACUGA